GACAGCGAGGAUGAGAAAAGUGACCAGGACUUGGUCGUCGAUGUUGCGAAUGAGGAUCCUCUUCCCCGAUUCCUCCCCAACGGGGAGCACUCGCGGGAGAAGAUGAACGGCGACGGCAGCGACAUUAAGAAGGAUCGGCCGAUGAGCCCUCGCAGCAACGCCAGCUCUAACUCCAGCACACCUUCAUCUAAACCUAUCAAAGAGAACGACAAGCCACCCACCCCCGUGUCGAAGUCUGCGACACCGACGAGUUCAGGUGGCGCCACCGCGGGCACCAGCAGCGGACUGAAGCCCGUGGGAAAGGCUCCGCCGCUAG